AUGAAGUAAGAGGCGCCAAGCAUUACACAACGUGACAGCUGCCGCGUUUCCUCCCACACGGAGGCAGCGUCACGAGCGCGGCGCGGGGGGACGUCCACGCGGACGUGGCUGCUCCGCACCGCGUCCACAGCGCGUCCGCGGGCCCCGGGAUGGAGGAGCCGAGCGCACCAGCCGCCGCAGGGUCCGCGGGGACUCCGGAGGGUCCGCGCCGCCUCUGACGCAGCCCUCGCGGCCGGAGGUGCCGAGAAUUCGCGUGCGCAGAGACGAAGCUCUGUGGAGAUAUCGGGGUUUUUUUUUUUUCUAAACGUGGGUUCUGCGGGAAGUCAAACAGCAGCUGGUCAGUGUGAGGUUUAGGUUUCCACGUGGACUCGACCCCCCCCCCCCCCUCACACACACACACCGCGGAGCUGUCAGUGGGACUGCGUGGUCGGGGGAAACACCGAGACCGAUGCGAACCCCACUUCCCAGCGUCGCCGUUCCCGCCGAACAUGUGCACACGCCGCCGACCGCUCCCGUGACUCCGACUCCGGCUGACGAUGUCGCUCCCGUGGGCGCCGGCGGCUUUGCUCCUCGGCUUCGCCGUGGCCCAGACGUGGAGCGUCCAGGUGUCGUGGGACAAGUGGCAGCGCCGCCGAGACAAUGAGUUCGACGCGCCGAGCUCGCGGCCGCACAUCGUCUUCAUCCUCGUCGACGACCAAGGCUUCCGGGACGUCGGGUACCACGGCGCCGAGAUCAAGACGCCGACUCUGGACCGGCUGGCGGCGCAGGGCGUGAAGCUGGAGAACUACUACGUGCAGCCGCUGUGCAGCCCGUCCAGGAGCCAGCUGAUGACCGGCAGGUACAGGCCGCGCCGCGCCGCGCCGCGCCGCGCGUGGCUCCGUUACACUUUAUCAUCACUCUGGAUCAGGCACCAACACACGGUCAUUUAUUCAUACAACGUCAUUGAAGCCAAACGGUAUCAGAUCCACACGGGCCUCCAGCACUCCAUCAUUCGAGCCACGCAGCCCAACUGCCUGCCUCUGGAAAACGUCACGCUGCCCCAGAAGCUCAAGCAGGCCGGCUACUCCACCCACAUGGUCGGCAAAUGGCACCUGGGCUUCUACAAGCGCGGCUGCCUGCCCACGCAGCGCGGCUUUGACACCUUCUUCGGCUCCCUGCUGGGAAGCGGGGACUACUACAGUCACUAUAAAUGCGAAGGGGCCGGUAUGUGUGGCUACGACCUAUAUGAAGGGGAGGAGGCAGCCUGGGAACAGGACCGUGGCCUGUACUCUACUGUGAUGUUGACACGAAAGGCCAUCAACAUCCUGGCCAGGCACGAUCCCCGCAGACAACCCCUCUUCCUCUACUUGGCCUAUCAGGCAGUUCACUCCCCGUUGCAGGUUCCUGCCCGCUACCUCGAUCGCUACAAGGGCAUUCCAAACCCGCAUCGCCGUAAGUACGCUGCGAUGGUGUCUUGCCUGGACGAAGCCAUCCACAACCUCACCGUGGCGCUGAAACGCUAUGGUUACUAUGACAACACGGUUCUAGUGUACUCUUCGGACAACGGUGGUCAGCCAUUAGCUGGUGGGAGCAACUGGCCCCUACGAGGUAGCAAGGCUACCUACUGGGAAGGGGGCAUCAGGGCGGUGGGCUUUGUCCACAGUCCCCUGCUGGUGAACAAAGGCACAAAGUGUCGUUCCUUGGUUCACAUCACUGACUGGUUCCCCACACUGGUGACACUGGGUGAAGGGACAAUAGACGAGGAUCUGAAUCUAGAUGGCUACGAUGUCUGGGAAGCCAUCAGCGAAGGCCGACCGUCACCUCGACAGGACAUUCUGCAUAAUAUUGACCCGAUCUACAUCAAAGCCAAGAAUGGCUCGUGGAAGGCCGGGUAUGGCAUAUGGAACACCGCCAUCCAGGCGGCGCUGCGGGUGGGCCACUGGAAGCUCCUGACCGGCGUGCCUGGCUACAGCGACUGGGUGCCGCCGCAGACCUUCUCCAACCAGCGGCUGAGCAACCGCUGGCACAACGAGCGCAUCCGCUGGGACCGGGGCAAGUCCAUUUGGCUGUUCAACAUCACCGCCGACCCCUACGAGAGGGUGGACCUGUCCCAGCGCUACCCGCACGUGGUGAAGAAGAUGCUAAUGCGGCUAGCGCAGUACAACCGGACCGCAGUGCCGGUGCGCUACCCGUCCAAGGACCUGCGCUCCAACCCUCAGUACAACGGGGGGGUGUGGGGACCCUGGUACAAAGACGAGAGGGAGCGGCAGGAGGAGUACGAGAGACUCAGUAACUUGUUAACCAACCAUCUGGGUAAAAGGGGAUGGAAAAGGAAAACGAAGAACGCCAAGUUAAAAAGGAAGGUAGAAGAUUAACCCCCCCCCCCAUUUGUGAAAGACUUUUCUCAGGGAUCGACACUUCCUGCUUCAGGAUCAUUCUAUUCAGAUACUUUAAGUCUAGUUUAGUUCUAACUUGACUCCAGAUAAUACUGUAUGAAAACACAGUGCAGAUGGACCUUUUGAAUAGGGUAAAGAUCCACUUGUUCAAACACUACUGUCGCACCCAGACCCUACUAAGACCUCAUGUGAAUGUUAGGGGCAUUUAAAGAAUGUUUAUUUGUCUGCUUGAGCGGUUGUCACCUUUUAUAAAGUUUUGUACAUUUAUUUUCCACUUUAAGGGAAACAUAAGCCCCGACAAUUUUCAUACAUUUUGAUGAAAGAAAUAAAGUAAGACAGAGAUCUAUUAUGCACGACACAGUAUUGUGGAAACAGAUGGAGGAUUUGUGUGAGUUGUACUAUGGUUUUAUAAGCUCAGCCUGCGUUGGGCUUGAGAUGAUUCGAUUUGUUCCUACUUUUAAGCGAUGUCUGGUCCGGCACCAGGCCAAAGCGAAUGUGAGACAAAGUAAGAAAAUAAACACCCCAGACACAAAGGUCUUUGUCUCCCGCGGUUCUGUAUGGUUUGCAUUUGACUUCAGUCGGAUCUCCUUCACUUUAUUGGCGGUAAGUCCUCUCCAUAAGUAAGUGGAAAGGUCCUAACAUCUCAUCCGCAUUUAGAAGCUGACACGCAGCCACAGAGUACAUUUAUUCAUGGAAAACGCAGCAAAGCGAGAUCCCGCCAGCGAUAAAGAUCAAAUGUCUCUCUCGUGUGCCCACCUCAUCAGUUAUGGUGCGCUGUGAUCAAGACAAAACACAAAACCAAGCGCUACGCAUGCCGUGAACAUAACUUAUGAUCUUUAAAAUAAUAUUUGCAUGUGUCUGUUGCUUGGCACCGGUGAAAACAGUCCCCAAAUAUCUAAACUAAAAUCCUGAUGAGUCAUGGUUUUGCUCCUCUAUGGUUAGUUACACUUUACAUGCCAUUUAACUUUAUGAAUAACUUUUAAACAUGCUAUAUGAGACUAUUUACAGUUGUCUACUGUAAGAGGGAACAAGUUCCCUCUUGCUUUUAUUUGCUUUGCUUUGUGCUUAGAUUUUACCACCCCAAUCUAGGACCUCGGAAGUGGUCCAAUCUAGUACUUGCUCCAGUGCUCCACGAGGGGCUUUCCUGUGGAAGAAGUGCCAGGCUGCUCGGCGCAUCCCUUCCUUUUUACGCUAACUUGGAGUUCUCUGCGCUGCUCGGUUCCAAGCUAUGACCUCAGACCACUCCGGCACCGACUCAACUUUCGUGGCAAGGGUUGUCCUCACGGUGAGGAUGGCUCAUUCCAACGUAACCUCUGCAAAUCCGAAGCAGCUGAGGCCCAGUUGGGUUCAUCGUUCUGGUUUUCCUCAGCUCGCUCCCACACUGAUUUAUGCCUACAGGCUGGAGUGCUCCCUUGGGAACCAGAAUUGACCUGGGGACGCUCUGCUUCAUCCAUUGCCAUAAAGUAUAAGAAGUCUCCUCUGUGUAUUAUGAGCACAGCUGAGAAUUUUGGGAGAUCAGAUUCCUGUUUUGUUGCGCCGUUCUGAAUUUCCUCUCCCAGCAUCCAUAGGAACAGUUAAACCUUGGAUUUUAGGGGAAUCCACAUUUGCUUUCAGUUAUGGACAUUAGCAUACCUCUUAUGGGGAAAGUCAAAGGCAUGUUUCCUCUGUAACACAGCUUCAGGCAAUGCAUCAAACUCCCUCGCCCUGACUCCUCAUGUAAAGACUCCACAUUAGUGCUCGGAGAGAAAUAAUCUGCGAUGUGGCAAAGCAGCAAAGCUUUGAUUAAAGUGAAAUGUGGGAGGAGAGUUUGUUUCAGCUGUGGCACGAUAUGAAAUGUAUAGUUUAGUUUUGCAUAAUCGAUGUGCAAAUUAGUCAAACUGCACUUGGCCGGCUGGAGGGAGCCAAGCGGUUCGCUGCCAGGAGCUUCAUUAGGAGGCACGGCUCAGGCGACCUUGGCUCCAGGACGCUGUCAAGUGAUGAAAGAUGAGAAAAAUAUUGAGCGGCUGUCGUCCAAAACAAUCAGAAUUAAUAGAGAAUCCAUAAAAUGUCUUGCGAGCACCACCCGUAAUGCCAAACCCAUUGGACGUAUCUGCUUGCAGUGCUACACUUCGCAGAGCUGUGUGCUCCAGCAGCUUGGCAGUAAUGGGACAUUCCAAUCGCGAGAGGUAGCCGGCGUUUCUUCCCUUUUUUUUUUCUCAAGCGCUUGUACAAGCACCCAGCUCGGCUGAUGUCAGGUUCAGUGACAUCAUAGGAAGUCCUGUCCAGGGAGUGUCCUCGAAAGGCAGCGCAAAUGUGCCGGACCGAUAACAAUGGUGCAUCCUUCAUCCUGGAUGAAUAAUAACCGAGCAACUUACACGAGAUGAUGGAAAUGUAUUAAAACUCACGAGACGAUUUUAGGCGUGAGAAACAGAAUGGAAUUGUUUCAUCGUCUUUCUUCAGACUGGUCUCUCUGCAGACAUGGGGAUUUCCUGUAAUGAGCAACUUCACCCAUGUACAACUGGAACCACUCUUCACUCCCACUACAUUUAGUUCAUAUGAUCCUCCUCCCUACACCCCCGCCCUUGGUGGCCUAGUUCUUCUUCUUUUCAAUAUUCCUGUCAGGUAUUUACUUUUAAUGCUCCUCUGAUCCUCUUUCUUUUUCCCCAUGUCAUCAUUCCUGCUUGAUUAAUGCUCUCCCUCCCGUCCUCCUUUGCUCAGUGCAGGUCCUCCAAAGGUCUUGCACAAGUUCAGACCUGCAGCGUUUUUGUGGAACUUUACCCUCCAUCCCUCACACAAGCAUUGUCAUCCCAAUGCUCGGUGUCUACUUACCACAACAGCCAAACACCUUCAAAGCAUCUUGUAACAGUUUUUACUCCAUGUUUACUCAGAAUAAGGCAGAUCAUUUCUCAAGUAGAAUUUGGUUUAUAUAGUAAUUAGUGUAGUGUUCAUUUUUAUAGCAUUUUUGUGUUUUACUAUUAAUUUAGAGUUACAGUAUUACGUCUGUGGGGAGCAUCUGUUUAUUGAUCUGACUCAGCAAAACAGCAACAAAAAUAACAGCAACAGCUCAGGAACAACAUCAGCGUCCCGUUCCGUUUCCCACACAGAACAGAACAUUGUUUUUCACAGUAGGUGAUGUAACGCUCAUCUCAUCUCGUCCUCAUUAUUCAAGAACACACGAUCACAUCCUUGUCUCAUUAAUGUUUAUACAAUGAGCAUGAGGUCAUACACCACCUGCUGAGUUGGCUGUGUGUUAUUAAAGCACCGAACUUGCCCUUUGAUUUAGUUCAUUACUGAUGCGCUUCAAAUGAGCUCAUGAACGUCAGGACCGGCAGAAUCAUAAAACCUGAAUAAUAACAAUUACAAUAAUUAUAAUAUUAAGAAAUAAUGUUUUACUUAUUUAUUUUUAUAUAUUGUAAUGUUGUUUAUAGUGAUGUUGUAAUAAAUAAAAUCAUAUUGUAUCAUA